UUAAAUUGAAUUAGUUGACUAAGUUCUUCUUAAGCUAGCGAUUAAGUGAAAUAUAUCAUGUUUAUUUAGGCUACCCCUUUACUUAACACAAAAAGCAUUAUUCAAUUCUUGUUUUCACUGCGUUUCUUAUAUUAUAUAAAUCGAUUUUUUUAAAGGGGUAAAUAUAUAUUCUUUGCGAAAUAACUAAAAAAUAUGGGGCUAAGUAUUGGGCGGUAUUUCCAUUCAAUAAUUGAGUAAUGAUAAUGUGAAAUUGAGGUCAGUUGAGGGAACCGCGGCACCUGUUGUGACCCCUGCGGCAAUUGAGUACCUGGCCAAGGCAAUCACCUGCGAACGGCCGAAGGAAACGGAGCUUUUGCCAUGGACAAUGGACCGACUGAUGCCACGCCCACUACCGCCGCCUUCCGGCUGGUGCUGCUGAGCAAAUCAAAUCCCGUGAUGGGCUGCUACAUGUUCUGGACCAGUCUGCUGGUGCUCAAAAUGCUGGUGAUGUCGCUACUCACGGCCCGUCAGCGGAUGAAGACCAAGACGUUCGCCAACCCGGAGGAUUUGCGAAUCAGCCGGAGCCCAGAGGUGCGAUUCGGAGACCCCGGUGUGGAGCGAGUCCGACGAGCCCAUCGCAACGAUUUGGAAAACAUUCUGCCCUUCCUUUUAAUGUCGCUGGUCUACGUGGCCAGUGGACCAAAUCCCCUGACCGCCCGUUUGCUCAUCCGCAUCGGAGCAAGUGCACGGCUGCUCCACACGCUGGUCUACGCACUAAUCCCGGUUCCACAACCAGCCAGAGCACUGGCCUUCUUCACCACCUUCGCCAUCACUUGCUUCGAGGCGGGCUACGUACUCUUUUGCUGUAUUAAGUACAUUUAGACCGGUAGUGACCCCCACUUAGCCAACUUUACUACUCACCUCACUCUCGCAUAUUUAAACAGCACCAGUGGUGUUAAGGGUCCAGGUACAGAUUUAGGUACUAUUGUUCAGUACAAGUUAUAGAUGUGUGCAUAGUUUGAAUUUAUAUAUAUAGGAAUUUUUCGCACAUUAAAUCAUUUUUACAAGCCAUUAAAUGGUUCCGUAA